AUCUUCCUUAUUAUCAGCCUUGACUGACCGACAAACUACACAAAAUGAGCGGUAAACUCGCCUCAGAAUACACUACCUGGAAGGAGCUGCAGCAGAUCUACGACUCGGAGCACGGCAAGCUCGUCCUCAAGGAUCUCUUCGCCCAGGAUCCAAGCCGGUUCUCCAAGUUCUCCAAGGAGUACAGCGACUCCGAAGAUGCCUCCGCCACCUUCCUGCUCGACUAUUCCAAGAACCUGAUCACCGAGCCCGUGCUCGCCAAGCUGCUCGCCCUCGCGCGCGAGGCCCAGCUCGAGACGUACCGCGACAAGAUGUUCGCCGGCGAGCACAUCAACACCUCGGAGGACCGUGCGGUGCUGCACGUCGCCCUGCGCAACUUUGACGAAUUCAAGAUCCAGGAAGGGGGCGUCGACGAGGUGGCGGGCGUGCUCGCGCACAUCAAGGAGUUCUCCGAGUCCGUGCGCAGCGGGAGCUGGAAGGGGUACACGGGCAAAACGAUCGACACGAUCGUCAACAUCGGUAUUGGCGGGUCGGAUUUGGGCCCCGUUAUGGUGACGGAGGCACUGCGCCCGUACGCGAAGCGCGAUCUGACGGCGCACUUUGUGUCGAACAUCGACGGGACGCAUAUCGCAGAGACGCUGCGCGUGUGCAACCCCGAGACGACGUUGUUCAUCAUUGCGAGCAAGACGUUCACGACGCAGGAGACGAUCACGAAUGCCGAGUCGGCGCGGGAGUGGUUUCUGGGCCACGCGAAGGACAAGGCGCACGUCGCGAAGCACUUUGUCGCGCUCAGCACGAACACGAAGGCAGUUACUGCGUUCGGGAUCGACCAAGCGAACAUGUUCGCGUUCUGGGACUGGGUUGGCGGGCGGUACUCGCUCUGGAGCGCCAUCGGGCUGUCAAUCGCUCUUGUCGUGGGGUACGACAACUUUGAGCAGCUGCUGAAGGGCGCGCACGGGAUGGACAAGCACUUCAAGGAGACGCCGUUGGAGAACAACCUGCCUGUUCUGCUGGCGGUGAUCGGGGUGUGGUACAACGACUUUUAUGGCGCGCAGACGCACGCGCUGCUGCCGUACGACCAGUACCUCCACAAGUUUGCGGACUACUUCCAGCAGGGCGACAUGGAGUCGAACGGCAAGUUCAUCACCAAGAACGGGCAGCGCGUCGACUACCAGACUGGGCCGAUCAUCUGGGGCGCGGCGGGCACGAACGGGCAGCACUCGUUCUACCAGCUCGUGCACCAAGGCACGAAGCUCAUCCCCGCCGAUUUCCUCGCGCCGACGACGACGCACAACCCGAUCGCUCACUCGAAGCACCACCGGAUCCUGCUGUCCAACUUCUUUGCGCAGCCCGAAGCGCUCGCGUUCGGCAAGACGGAGGCGGAGGUGCGCAAGGAGCUCGGGAGCGGUGCGAGCGAGGCGCUCGUGAAGAGCAAGGUGUUUGAGGGGAACAGGCCAAGCAACAGUAUUAUGUUCCCGCUGCUUACGCCAAGAACGCUGGGCGCGCUGGUUGCGCUGUAUGAGCAUAAGAUCUUUACGCAGGGUGUUAUCUGGGGGAUCAACUCGUUUGAUCAAAUGGGUGUUGAGCUGGGCAAGGUCCUCGCGAAGAACAUUCUGGCGCAGCUCGGGAAGCCCGAGGAUGUCAAGGACCAUGAUAGCUCGACUACGGGCCUGAUCCACUACUACCAGAAGUACAGGAAGGAGUGACUUGGUCCUCUCACUUCUGACGUUGCGGCUGAGAGAAGGGGGAUGAAGCUUUGAAGUGCUGGAUACAAAACCAUAGACUUGUAAGAUCUGUACGUACUAACAAGGGAGGGAGGAAAUGCAUCUGUAUUGCUAGAGCGG